AUGAAUUCUUUGCCUAUGCAUCUCCUAGACAAUAUUCUCUUCAGAUUAGAUCUCAAAUCUCUGGUGAUGAUGCAGUGCACAAAUAGAUCCAUCAAAUCACAUAUAUCCGAUGAUCCGAGUUUUGAAAUCGGAUAUUCAUCUCGUGCGCAACUCAGUUUUAUUUACACUUUUAGCAAAGGCGCCCCUUUCGUCUUCUACCAGCCUUUUGGCUCUCAAUGUGAAUCUGAUUCAUACGUAAAAACGUAUUUUUCUACGCGAGGACACAGUUAUAUCCUCGGCUCCUGCUCUGGCCAUCUCCUACUAUACAAGAGUGGCCUCUACGUCGUGAAUCCCCUCACAAAAAGGUUUCGACUCUUGGAUCACUCUGGCUCAAUGCUUCUUGCUACAAUAUUCAAUGGUCCCAAGGCUAAUCCAGAGAGAUCUAUGUGCGUUGGUUUUGCGUUAGAUCAAACUCGACCCAAGGGAUUCAAGAUCGUCUGCAUACUUGAGAUUCAUGCCACGUACGCAUUUGAGAUCAGCGACGGAAACUCGUGGAGAUUUUCUGAAACGAUCAUCACCACCGACAACAACUCAAAAAAUGAGCUCACAAAGCGAAUGAAACCUGUUUACUUGGAUGGCACGCUACACUGGUUUAGAAACGACGGUAGCAUCAUAGCUUUCAAUAUUGAGACAGAGCAAGCACGCUUGAUUCCCUCCGUAUUCCACAAGGAACCAGAGAUGAAACUGUUUUUCACGAUCGAUGACAAGAUCAAUCGUCUGACCUUAAUAUCCGGGACCAAGGAAACAAUAUCAGUUUACACACUAAUGGGAGAUACCUCUAAAUGGGCCCUUGCCAGGCAGAUCGAGAAUGUACUUUUGACGGAUGGUGAGUUUGAAUAUUGGAACGUGAUUGCAUACGAUGGGAAGCAUAUGGUGGUGAGAGAUAAAGAAAAGGAUGGUUCAACUGGUUUGGCUCAUGUGUACAACAUGGAAGAUAACCGUUGGGGAGGGUGGUGGGCAAUCUUCUGUCAGGCCAAGUACAACCUAGAUGUCUUUAGGUUUACACACUUCUUGUCCUGUUUAGAGGAUACAGAGGUGGUUGUAGAUUCUACCGACGGACAUUUAGUUAGUAUUAUGAGACUCAUUGACACAACUAGGACGCAAGUAAAUAAAUUGCAUUUACAUAUGGCGUUACAAUAUAAUAGAUAA